AUGGAUUGGAUAAAUUGCUUGGAUAAUUUAGGCUUUAACCAAGUCAAGGUGCUUGCGAAAAGUCCUAAGUUUGCUAAGGAAGGAAAGCACCUGCAAUUUGCAGCCGACAUGAACAAAACUUUUCCUUUUUACAAGGUGAAUGCUAGUUAUCAUGUUGAGAUAGCAUUUUUAAGUGCAAAGUUUAUGCCAAUAAGCUUAAUCAUAAGUGCAGAAGAAGCCGAUGCGGAUGAGAUCAUUGAGAUGGCAAGUAAAGCCACUCUUGAAGAGCAACAGAGGCAAAUUCAAGAAAAUAUUCACGAACAAAUGAGUACUUUCUGCACGUAUAUGAAUGACAGUCUUCGUCCUGAUCCAAAGAUAGCGAACGCUACUAACUCGUCAUCAGAAGCAAAAACUGCCCCUCGGCGUAGUGGCCUAGGUGUUGCUGUUGGCAGGACCACACCGGUGGAUCAUAAUCCCGGAUUUUGUCAUGUAAACCUCCCAAAUUUGAUGAUUGCGGUACUCAGGCAUGGCUGUGCCAGAAACGAAGAUGAUCAAGCAUUGCGAGGUUUCAAGCCAUCUCAAAUUCAACACAAGGAUGCUGGCCACGGCUUGUUUCUGGAUGGCGAAGCCAUAAUAGAUAUUUACCCUGGCAACACAUACUCACCGGCAUAUUACCAAUACAUUCCCGGAUACCACAGAGUUGAUCUAGAGAACCCUUAUUUGAUAUGGAACAGUGAUAAAUGCACAGCCCCGGGUGCCGGUGGUGAAGCUCGCGAAAUAUGGGAUGGAUCAAGUUCUGAUCGGAUGUGGAAGCUGCUUAGUAAACCAUUAGAUGGCUCAAAAGUUGGGGGUGGUAAUCGCUCUCUUCAUUUCGACAACCAUCCAUCGAAGGAUUUUCUCCCUAAUGUAAUGGUGUGCCCCUAUGACUUCCCUCUAACUCUGCAGAAUAUGAGAAGCUACAUACUAGAAGAGGAGCUAAGCUUGGCUAGUUGAUUUUGAUCUCUGAUCUGAUGUAGUAAUUAACCGAAUUACCAUUGAAACUACUCUAUGCAAAGAUCAAGAUAAAUUAUAGUGGUGGAAAUUACCAAAAA